CCUCCGCUACGUUUCUCCAAUACGACAUUACAUGAAAAGCCCACUUUGUUUAUUAAACUCAACGGCAAAGAAAGUAAUUGGGCUCACCAUUUAUUGCUUCCUAAUGUUGAUAUAUAUUCCAUUUCACAUUUUCGGAAUAUUAUUGAUACAAAAAGGAAUUGCUAUGCUAAACCUAAGAAAACGGCUUAGAUUGUUUUACCACAAAGAAGGGAAGCUAGGACUUGCUAGCAGACGAAACAGGGUUACUGACAUCGCUUGCGUUUCAAUGGAAAACGAGCUGGACUUUUUAUAUAAUCGAAGUCCAGCUUAUUUGUGGAGAAUGUGUUUUUCUAUGCCCUGGGAGCUUGUGAAGACUAUUUUAAGAAAAAUUCAACUGAUAUCCGACGCCCAACUCGCCUAUGUAAUUCUAAACAGCGUCUUUGCGCAUUCUGUUCACUGGGACAACGAUCGAAAAAUGUACAGACUCGUGAUGGAAGAAUUCGGAGACUUUUUUCUUUUCCAGAGCUUCUACUGGGAUGUCAGACAUGUUCUUGUUAGUCCCGACACAAAGAAAAUCAUCAUUCAAAUGAGCGAUGGACAAGAAUACAACUCCGAUUGCGAGCAAAGACUUCGACCUACCUUCGAUUUGGCUAAAUUGCAUGUACAUGUCUGUUUGUCGUAUUUUGCUCCCGGUCUCUCGCACAAUCACGUACAUUUUGUUCUUCCAAGUGCAGUUGCAGUUUUGUCGCAGAAGUUACUGAACAGAAAUGGAAUUCUGUAUAAAUUACUAUAUCAACAUUUCCGCUUCACCGAACGCAUCAAUUAUCAGGCAUUACGAGUGCAGAAGGCCACCAACAACAAAAGAUCAGCUUUGGACAGGUUGUUCUUCUUUUGGCAGCCAUUCCCGCUCACAAGAGAGCAGUUCUUAGAAAGUGUUGCAAAAAAAUGUAAAAAACAUUAUUUUGACAAAGGCAUGCAAGAAUGCGCAGAAGAACAGGAAGAGAUAAUGGAUAUCAUCAUGGAACCAAGAAUACAUCAUUUGUUUCCUCCCGCCUUUGCAGCCGAUAAAGUACUCCAGACGAUUCCGUAUCUGAAUUUCCUGGCACAAUAUUACUUCGUGGUUCGAGAUUUCGUCAAAUCGAUGAUUCCUUUCAUUGACGAUAACGAAUGGAAACUUCUCAGUACUGAAGUUGCAAAGCACGUUCCCCGAUUUGAUAAAUGUUCCAUGGUUGAUGCUAUCGCCACAUACAUUCAUCAAGUGGCUGCCAUUCACUUUUGCGAUCACAGCAGCUAUCUACGAUAUUUUGCAUUCAAAUACGGGUCAAUGGCAAUCAGGGUUCCAUUCGAGCCAUUUGAAAAUUUGGAAGCUUGGGAAGAGUUUGCUUCAGAGCAUAAUUUGGAUUUGGAAGACGUCAGAAAAAAUCCACUUUUAUUGAUGAGACAAAGAGAUGUAUUGCUAACAAGAUCAUUCUUGCUCAUUUUUGUCGAUUUCAUCCCAAGCGCAAACCUGAACUUACAACUUAUAGAUACUGAAUAUGAGUUUAUUGAUAAUGGACCAAUUAUGGCUGCAGAAAAAUUUCGACAGAGACUACGAGCACUAGAUGGAAAUUUAAGGUGCCUGCAAAAAUCUGUUCUGCCUGUUCCAUCGUCACCAGGUGAGCAAAGGGCAGAAGACAUGCGACUCGUACCACUUGAUGACAUUGUAAGAACAGUAUGUUAUUGAAUGAACAGUUCAUAAUCGUUGUGAUAAAAAAAAGUUAUUUUAAUGACUAAUGAUGUCUGUCUGUGGAAUUGAUUUAACACAAUUGUAAGUGGUCACAGAGUAAUGAAAGAGAAAAUUUUUUAUGUCCAUCAUUGUAUUAUAACUAGUUAAGAAUGAUUACCUGGUGGCAGUCUGUGUAUUGCAUCGUAUUGACGCAGGGUAAACUCUACUGAACCCAGUAGAAUCUGUCGAAAAGUUUCUCUUUUGAUAAAUUAUAGUGUAUAAAUAUAUUUUUUUCACCCAAACUGCUAAUCAAAUAUAAAUUAAGCGCGCAUAACUUGGCUGAAUGCAAUUCAAAGUUGUGUGUUUCCAGUUGCGACUGUUUAAAUAAAUAAUGAUUAACAAGAAUAGUCUUUUCUUCAAUAAAGUAGUUUAUUCAUGCACGCUGCAGCUUCGAUUGAGCAUCUAUGGAUGUGUAGGUGGGCAGUACCAUUGUUGAAUCUAAUAUGUCAUUGCCAACCAACAUUUUUUCCAUUCAUGAUAUUUUCAAAAUGUUUACCGUCCCACCGUGUUUACCGUUAUGUUGUUUUAUGACAUUCCUGCUUCCAACAAGGCCUCAGAUAAGCAGUUACUUCAGAAGCAGAAGCACUGCGCGUUUGGAAUGAUUGAAGUGUUCCUAGCCCAGAAUGCCGGCUGUCAAUAAAUUAUUACAAUCUGGUUGCAGACUUGAAGCUGAGUGUUAUGACGCGCGUUAUUUUGCUAUGGCUAAUCUAUCGAAAUUGUCUGGCCCGAUAUGUCAGCCACGUGAAACAUGGUUGGUAUCCACAAUAAGGUCUUCCAAUGAAAUUUUAAUUGAAAAUAUCCAUUGGUAUUUCACUGAUCUGACAGGGGCUGGAAUGUAACCAACUUUUCAAAUAUAAAGCAUGUGGUAUAUAUACAGUUCGAAUUGUGAUUUAUACAUUUUAUGAUACUCGAGAAUUUAUUACUUUCUUCUCUUCUUUAAAUAUACAGUAUGUUUUUGUUUGAUAUAUCUUGUAUAUUAAUAUAUCUUGUAAC